GAUCCGCGCACACGUACGCGCGCGCCCACGUCGACGGUGAACGGUGACGCGGCCCGCCGAGGAGCUGUCGUCCCGUCGCCGCGUCAGUACGCACGUCCACUUCCAUGCUGUCCUGCACGGCCGUGUGACGACAUUUACGCGACGUACCGCGGCUCGCUCCGUGCGGGUUAUUUUUUUUUUGUGUGUGUCUACAGGUAGUUUUGUCUUUUAGUUGGAAAACCACACUCGCGUUCCCGCAGAAACCAUCUGGAGGAAAUCGGACCAGGAUUUUUAUUUUUUUAAUCCCGACGCAAAAAGCCUCGACAAGAGUGCGACUUUUGCGCCCUUUUUUUCCCCGCCUCUCCACUGUGUAAUCGUCCCAGAAAUGGUGGGACAUCUUCACUUGCAGGCGAUGGAUGAAAGUCUCAAAGGAAAGAACCGGGAAGGGCUGCUUGACAGCCCGGAUUCGGGGCUGCCCCCCAGCCCCAGUCCGCCCUUCUGCUCCCUUUCCCCGGCGCUCUUAGAGCCGCGCGCCGACAGCUGCACGACGCCUGUGGAGAUCCAGCAGGCAGCCUGGAAGAAGGAGCCCAGUCGGGAAGGAAAACUACUGCCUUACCUGCUGAUCAACAACACAGGAACAGACCCCAGGACUCGUAUGCUCCCAGUCUUCUAUGGCGAAGGCAUCGAGGUCAACCCGAAACCUGAGCAGGAAAUCAAGUGUACCUCAGCGGUGCGGUACGACUCGGACAAGCACUACAGAGACAACGUGUACUGCGUGCCCGUCCCCACCGCCAUGUCCUACAGCGAGACGGUGGUGGCGGUGCCCAACUGCACCUGGAGGAGCUACAAGUCCCAGGUCUACCUGGAGCCGCGGCAGAAGGUCAUCAGUUACCAGAGCACCACCAUCGUGUACCCCAAGCACGCCAAGAACAUUUACCGCACCACGCUCUCCUACAAGGCCUCAACCGCCCGCCGCUGGUUCGUCUCCAGGGUGCGACUGGAGUCCAAUGAGGAGUCUAGUCCGUGUAUCAUCUACACCGAGGACCUGUAGUCACACACAAACACACGGGGCUGCCUUUUUCUUUGCCGUCUGCAGGCCUAAAAACAUUUAUUUCUUCUCACCCCGGAGGAGACUUUUACAUUUUUUUUUUUUUAACAUUUAUUUUAGCAUUUGGAACUUUCUACUGAUGUGGUCUUUAAAAAGGAUUGUCUUAUUAAAUCACCUUUGCUGCAGAAUGGAUGGACCUCAGUGAAGUCAAUCAAACGUCAACAAAUCAUAACACCAGCUGGUGCGUCCUGAUCCUCCAAUCAGAAGCCUUCUUGCACUCGCUCUUAAUGCGACGUUUGAACAGUUUUUUUGGACCAAAGUUGAACUAGCUCUGUGAGACCACGGUCCCAGUGUUGCCAGACGGAACAUGACUUUUUUUUUUUAAUUAUAAAAUCGCACUUAAAAUCUUCCAUUUCGCAAAAAUCGACAGUGCGCCUUAUGUACAGAAUAAAUCUGGUUGUGCUUACCGACCUCAAAGCAAAAUUUUUGGGUACAUGGUGUAAAAAGUGACCAGUAGAUGGCAGUCACACAUAAAAGAUACAUGUAGACUGCACACGUGUUUAAUAAAUGGCACUAGCAAGUACCCGUAAGCAAGCAAUGCCAUUACAUUGUUUCAUUGGGAAUAUCAAACAUUACACACGGCGCAUUACGUCUACCAUAGUCAGACGUACUCUGCUUCAACAUAUAGUGUUGAAUGGCACAGACAUCUAGCAUUUAUUUUUUUAGCUAUGAUGCAAAAACCAACUUUUCUUACCUUCUGGUACCCGCUGAUGUGUAUUUGGGAUCUGCGUAAAACCCGAUAAUGUGCGCGCAUCCGCCGCUGUAGUCCGCGCCAAAGCCAAUAACCUCCUUUUUCCCGGUUAUGUGAAAUUUGUUUCUAAUAUAAAGUAGCGUAAAGUUGUAACUUAUCUCUGUCAGAAGACUAUCAAUGGAAGCGCUAAAAACUGGACGACGGUGAGAAGACGCUGUCAAAGUGGAGGCACGUAAAUAAAAACGCCAACAAAAACGGCGCAUCCUGAUGAGACGGUCAGAAAGCGACUUUUAGCUCGGUUGGUAGAGCGGCCGUGCCAGCAACUUGAGGGUUGCAGGUUCAAUUCCCGCUUCCGCCAUCCUAGUCAUUGCCGUUGUGUCCUUGGGCAAGACACUUUACCCACUUGCUCCCAGUGCCACCCACACUGGUUUGAAUGUAACUUAGAUAUUGGGUUUCACUAUGUAAAGCGCUUUGAGUCACUAGAGAAAAAGCGCUAUAUAAAUAUAAUUCACAAGAUGAUCUGUAAAACAUAAUCUAUUAAAUAUUUUGACCCAAAAAAACAUCACCAUUACACGUUAUGAAGACCAGUGUUUUUCAACCACUGUGCCGCGGCACAGUGUGCUGUGAGAUUAUCUAAUAUCACCGAUUUGGGUUAAAAAGAUUUUUUGCAAACCAGUAAUUGCAAUCCACAAAUAAUGUGCCGUUGUUGAGUGUCUGUACUGUCUGGAUUUUGGCAGACUUACCACAUUAUACUCUUCCAUAUCAGUAGGUGGCAGCAGGUAGCUAAUUGCUUUGUAGAUGUCGGAAACAGCGGGAGGCAGGGUGCAGGUAAAAUGGUGUCUAAUGCUUAAACCAAAAAUACACAAAAGGUGAGUGUCCCGAAGAUAAGGCAUUGAAGCUUAGGGAAGGCUAUGCAGAACGAAACUAAAUCUGAACUGGCUACAAAGUAAACAAAAACAGAAUGCUGGACGACAGCAAAGACUUAAUGUGGAGCAAAGACAGCGUCCACAAAGUACAUCCGAACAUGGCAUGACAAUCAAUGUCCCCACAAAGGAUAAAAACUGAAAUAUUCUUGAUUGCUAAAACAAAGCAGGUGUGGGGAAUAGCGGUCAAGGACGACAUGAAACUGCUACAGGAAAAUACCAAAUAAAGAAAAAAAGCCACCAAAAUAAGAGCGCUAGACAAGAACUAAAACACUACACAGGAAAACAGCAAAAAAAAACUCAAAAUAAGUCGGGAUGAUGUGACAGGUGGUGACAGUACACCUACUUGGAGACAAGAGCUACAGUGAUGCAUGCUUGGUUAUGGUUUAAAGUUGUAUCCAAUAGUUGCAACAACGACUUUUUAUUGUCAAUAUCUGCUAUUCAUUUUUAAUGAUUUCUGCUGGUGGUGUGCCUCCACAUUUUUUCAAUUAAAAAAAUGUGCCUUGGCUCAAAAAAAGGUUGAAAAACACUGAUGUAGACCACAAUGAAGUGGAUUAAAUUCCGAAAAAAAUCAUACCCCUUUAGUAAAAAAGUAGAUUUUACACCAAAUAAUACAAUUUUUGCCUGUACUCUCCUAAAAUCUGCACACAUUUGCUCUGUUUUUAUUUGCAGAAAAAAAGUCCUUAUAUGAACUCUUUAAUGCGCCUUUUAAGUGCGGACAAUGGUCCUAAAAACAAGGUAGUAAAAUGAUCGUAUUUACCUGACUUACAAAGUUAAAAAAAAAUCACUGAUAAAAAGUUAGACAUUACGGUUAUUUUUUAGAAAAAAAAUAAAUUAACAAGUGCGGAAUUAUUAGUGUAGGUCUGGCAACGCGACCGUGGUUCCCGUUUUGUCACAGCCGGAUUCAAACAGCAACUUUUAUUAUUAGUGAUUGAUUGAUUGAUUUUAUUAUUAGUGAUAAUUGGUGAUGUGGUUUACACAAGCAUGUUAUUCUGUGACCUCCAGGGGGCACUGUUAAACAGCAACUUUUAUUAUUAGUGAUUGAUUGAUUGAUUUUAUUAUUAGUGAUAAUUGGUGAUGUGGUUUACACAAGCAUGUUAUUCUGUGACCUCCAGGGGGCACUGUUGUAACUGUUCUUACCAUCUACGGUAGGAAGGGGAUUCAUAUGACCCUGUUCGUCGCAUUUGACCUGACACAUGAAACAUGACGAAUUUGGGGUUUUUCACUAUCCACUUUAUAGGCACCUGGGGAUAGGUUGAUUGGCAACACUAAAUUGGCCCUAGUGUGUGAAUGGGAGUGUGAAUGUUGUCUGUGUUGGCCCUGCGAUGAGGUGGCGACUUGUCCAGGGUGUACACAGCCUUCCGCCCGAUUGUAGCUGAGAUAGGCACCAGCGCCCCCCGUGACCCCAAAGGGAAUAAGCGGUAGGAAAUGGAUGGAUGGAUGGCUGGCACCUUAUUAGAGUGUUGAGUUGUGGAAAUUCCAACUUGUUGCUAUGGAGAGAGGCACUUUCCAUCAUUUUCAGCAGACUGCAAUUGCAAAAUGAUGAACUCUCCUUUUUUCCCAGAAUCACACCAGGGUGGGGGCCAUAUGAAUCCUUUUCCUGACUAAACAUCCUGUUUGCUAUCAAUCACAGUUUGAUGCUGAGAGCUUCUAAAGUUGUUUCAAGGCUGAAAAGCAAAAGAAAAAUCAGGGUUGUUUUUUUUUUUUUUUGUUUUGAGUGGGGUUGCGAUUUUAGAAUGAUGUACGUAUUUGAUUUGAAGUCCUGGCGUGGUGUUGUGUGCAAUUGGCCGUAAGGAAGCUGCACAAUGGAGGGAAAAGUAUGUUGAUGAAAAAAAGUGAUGAGCGGGAUGGAUGAGGAGUGAGGGAAGAGUUAGUUGAGAAGUGUGAUGGGAGCGAAGAGACAGAAGCGUGUGACUCAAAUUCAUGUUGUUUACUAACACUUGAUUUUUGUAACUGUAAAAUAUUUUCCUGUUGUAUAUGUGGAUUGAGGCACUUCAUAAUUCUCUUUAUAUAUUUUUGUACGUCGGCCUUUGUUCCUGUUUUUGAUCUAAUUUAAAGAUGUGUAUUCUAACUGAAUAAAAAGCUCAAUUCCCAUGUGGAGGUUGUGAAUGAAUGAA